UGCUCUCGUUCGUCUUUCCUCCUCCUUCUCUCUCUCUCCUCCUUGUCUUCCCUCUCUCUGUUCUUGCUUGAAAUAGUACCGACAUGGCUCCGAGGAAAUGGGGUUUCUCGGCUUGAAAGAAGCUGCUCCGUCCCCCGUCCUUUACGCCCUCUUCGCUUAUAUAUGCGCUGUAGCUUGAAGAAAUUCGGCUUUGAGAAUCGAAAAACCCGUAUUUAGGAUCACUUGGGAGGGUGUCAUCAUGGCUAUGCAAGCAUUAUAUCUCAAGGAACAUGAGGGAAUGCUCCAUAAUCCCACAUCACAGUUGUCCUCGGCUCCGUCGGCAGCACCUUGGUGGGCCGCCUUCGGGAGUCAAUCGUUUCAUGGGGAUUCGUUGGGCCAGUCGAAUUCGUCGCCUGUUGAUAACCCUAGCUGCGGUGACCACCUCACGCCGGCCAAACAGGCUGGACGGGGUACGGAACAAGGUGCAGAUAAGGGAAGCCUGACCCAGUUCACCAUCUUUUCAGGCGACUACAAAAAUUCUGCAAAUACCCAGAAGUCUCAACUACCCAUCUCCCCUCUGCCAGAAUACUGUGCUCGGGUUGAUCUAGGGUAUGGUCAGCAGAUGAUAUGUGCAAAAUAUCCAUAUGGAGAGCAGUGUUAUGGCGUAUUCUCACCUUUUGGGUCGCAAAUAUCGGGCCGGAUGAUGCUUCCUCUGAACUUGUCGACAGAUGAUGGACCCAUAUUUGUAAAUGCCAAACAGUACCAUGCGAUCAUUAGGCGCCGCAAAUUUCGUGCAAAAGCCGUGCUCGAGAAUAAAGUAACUAGACGUAAGCCGUACAUGCAUGAAUCACGUCAUCUCCAUGCUAUGCGCCGACCAAGGGGUUGCGGGGGCCGUUUCUUGAAUGUGAGAAACUCGAGCAAUGAAGAGGGAGGAGCUGAAGCAAAGAAAGACAGUGGCGGAGAAUUUCCCCAGCCAACUGGUUCUCAGAGUUCUGAUCUCUCACAAUCCGAGAGUGGCACAACACCGAGCUUGCCAAAAGAAGCUAACGGCAGUGCUGGGAAUCUCUCUGGGUCAGAAGUCACUAGCAUGUACUCGAGGGAAGGACUUGGUCGUUUUCCGAUCAAUCAACUUGGACCAUCCUACUCUUUCACCAGCAUGAACGAUACCUCGCAUAGCAUUGUCAUGCCCAGCAAGUGGGUCGCGGCAGUGGACAAUCGCCGCAACCUCAAUGUCUGAAAGCGAGGGAAGUGGGGUCGAUGCCCGACCUCAUUUCCCUCUGACAACCAAGUAGGUCCCACUGCCGUUCCUGUAAUGGCUAUUGCAGUGGGGUCUUUGGCUCAGGAUUCUCCUCCGACCUUUUGGUUGCGAUGCGAUAGGCAAAUCAUUCUUGGCUCAUGGGUGCAUUAAGUUAGUUAUUGCCUAGUCACUCUGGUGUAGUGGUUGGCUGAAGGUGGCUAAUCCUUAAUGCAUCUUCUAAAGAACAUGACUAAGAACUUAGAAUAACGUGGGUUUGUUCACUAUUCCAUGCCCAUGGAACUACUAAGAGAAUGGAAGACUGGGUUUGUGUUUGUUAAUGUCUUGUUAAUACUUACAGUUUGUUGGUGUCGAAGUCCUUGAUGCUUUCUGAGUGGAUUUUGAACUAUUUGAAGUGAUGAACUAUAUGAAGUGAUGUAUUGUAACUUUAAAGUUUGUUUAGUGUCUCACCGUCAUUAGUAUUGUC